AGAAGAAAAAGAAAACACCAAUGAUUCAAAAUUAGGUCCCAACAAAAGUGAAGGAAAACCCAUCCACAAUCAAACUAGAGAUUCCUCAACAUUACAACACCACAUGAGAAUAAAGCUACUCCAACUAAAAAAUCAUCCCCAACACCAAUAAAUUUGCACACUCAUCAAGCAAAAUAUCAUCACAACAAUGUCCAAAUUCUUCACUACCUUCUUCCAUCACCUAAUCAUUAUAUUCUCAAUAGCAUAUUUAAUCAUCCCUUCAAGUUGUUCUAACAACACAUGUAGAUCAUAUUGUGGAAACAUAACAAUAGAUUACCCAUUUGCCCUCCAAAACGGAUGUGGCCACCCAGGUUUCCGUGACCUACUCUUCUGCAUAAACAACGUUCUCAUGUUCCACGUAACCUCAGGUUCCUAUAGAGUCCUACAAAUAGAUUACGCAUACCAAGCUCUCACACUUCACGAACCACACAUGUCUACGUGCGAAACACUAGUCCUAGGAAAUAAAGGCAACGGUUUCGCGGUGGAACCGUGGCGGUCCCCAUACAUGAACCCAACACCUGACAACGUUUUCAUGCUCAUUUCUUGUUCGCCUCGUUCACCUUUGUUCCAAGGCUUCCCUGAUAAACAUUUGCCAUGCAGAAAUGUUUCUGGUAUGGGAUGUGAAGAGUAUUAUGGUUGUCCUGCUUGGAAUAUGAUGGGACAUAAAAGGACAGGUUCUUCUUCGUUUUUUGGGUCUGGUCCACCUGAGUGUUGUGCUGUGUCUUAUGAAGCUAUUAAGGGGAUUAAUCUAAGUAAGCUUGAGUGUGAAGGGUAUAGUAGUGCUUAUAGUGUGGCACCUUUGAAGGUUGAUGGACCUAGUGAUUGGGCUUAUGGGAUACGUGUGAGGUAUUCUGUUCAAGGGAGUGAUGAGUUUUGUGGUGCUUGUCAGGCUACUGGUGGUAGUUGUGGGUAUGGUUCUGAUGGGAUAAGGCAAGUUUGUAUGUGUGGAAACUUUAAUUCAACUUCAAAUUGUGACUCAGCAGUGGCCUUAUUAUCAUCGGGAGCAAGAAGGCCUAUGAGGUUGAAAAUGUUUGCAGGACUUUUGGCCUAUAUGCUAGCAUGGAUGAUAACCAGCUGGAUUUGAAAAGUACCAAGAAGUAUGGCAUAGUAUGCAACAAGACUAUUAUCAUAAACUGGGUCAUGUAUUGUAUUUUUUACAUGCCUUUUUAUUGGCUGGAGAACAUGCACAUAUAAAUAUAUAUAUAUAAUGAGUGAAAAGAGUGUUUUGACUGUAUUUCCUAGCUAUUUCCCUAGGAAAAAAAUUAAAAAAUAUUUUUCUACACAAAUGAUAA